GUACUUAAUCUUCGAUGGAGACCGGGAGCAAGAUGGCAGAGAAAUCGGCGGCCUCCGGCGAAAGUAGUAGCACUGAAGCAAUGGAGAAAGUAGAGGCGUUGGGUGAAGACAUAAAAGCAGGUCAUGGAUCCUCGAAUGAGAACAUAGAAGAAGGGCAGGGAUCUCGUAUUGGAGAACAAAAUGAAUGCAGAAUUUGCCAGGAGGAGGAUUACCUUCACAAACUCGAAGCUCCUUGCCGCUGCAACGGCACACUUAAGUUUGCUCACAGGGAUUGCAUUCAAAAGUGGAUCAACGAGAGGCUAAGUAUGACUUGUGAAAUCUGCAACCAGCCCUAUGAGGCCGGAUAUACGAUGGUGAUACCCCCACCACCGCCUGGUGCUCAAACAGAAAAUGUCACUGUUGGCAUCAGCAGAGAUGGAACUUAUUUUACGGUGGAUACUGAUCAGGCGGGGCUGCAAGCUGCGCAAAGGACUGCGCAGAUAGAGGCAGCGGCAGAGUUCCUCCGCCAACAGCAUGCUAUGCAGGCUAAUGGUGGUAAAUCUUUCAAUGCAGGUGUACUAUGUCGCAUUGCAGCUGUUAUUGUAAGGCCAAGAAGCUAA